CGUUUUGUCCCGUCAGUGGGGAUACCAGCGGAGGGGCCAAUUUGGGAGUUAAUUGGUCCCCCUUCUCUGUAGUGAACCUGCCCGUAGAGUUGGUGAUGGUGUCGUAAUUCACCACCCCUUUGUGGUUCAUUCGAAAUCCCUGAAGGCCUACGGUGAAGGAGGAGGUCGUGGAACGCACCCGGUGUCGUUGAAGGUCUGUUGAUGAGUUGGCGGCGUCGGCCCGACGAGAAGAUGCGGACAAACAAAGGCCAGAAUGAAGGGCAAUCGGCUUCGAAAGCACCAACGGGGGGGGGAGGAGAUAUGGCAGGGAGAGGAGGAGCGGCGGGAGGAGGAGGAGGAGGAGGAGGAGGAAGUGGAGUAGGAGGAGGAGUAGGACGAGGAGGAGGCAGUCCUGAUGGUAGAGGGAAUGGGAAAGGAGGGGGAGGAAAUGGCGGUCAAGGCGGCAGCGGCUUGAGCAAUCUGGAUAAAAGGUUCAAUCAAACGCUGAAGAGCGUUCAGGGAUUGCUUCGAGGGCGGACCUUUCCUGGAAGGAUCCUUCUGCGGCGUCCACGUGACAACACAGGUUCUAAAGGAGAGGGAGGAGAAGGAGACGUGCAAAAUGGACACGGCGGUGUUGGCGACUUGGAAAGGGAAGAAUGGGAAGGCUCUGAGUAUGUGGAGGGGGUUGCAUCAGGAAGUGGAGGAGCUCGAGGCAAUGAGGAUAACAGGGGGAGGGCGGAGUCUGGGGCGCCGGGGGCUGGCACAGGAGGCAAAACUGAUGAGAGGUUAGCGAGUAAUGUUGAAAGGGUGGCUGAUGAUGCUGGCCCUUCAUCAAGCUCAUCGUCAGUGCAAGCACCACAAGCGUCAACUUCAGGGCCCUCCAAUGCAUCUGCAGAGACCCAAAAUCCGACAGGAGUCAGGGCGACAGAUACUUCAAGAGUUGCUCGAUUCAAGAAAGAGCUGGGGGCUGCUAUGGUUGAUCUUGACAAGCUGAGGGAGCUUGCUUGGAAUGGAAUCCCGCCUGCCUUGAGACCGCCCUGCUGGCGACUUCUAUUGGGUUAUGCACCACCAAACUCUGAUCGCAGAGAGGCUGUCCUGGGGAGAAAGAGGCAGGAGUAUCGGGACUGUGUUCGGCAGUACUAUGAAGUCCUGGACAGUGACCGCACAGAUGAUGACAUUCACACGCUCCGGCAGAUUUCCUUGGAUGUUCCAAGAACAGUAUCAGGUGUUCCAUUCUUUCAGAAGAAAACAAUUCAGGGCUGCCUUGAGCGUAUUCUAUACAUCUGGGCAAUUCGGCACCCUGCUACGGGAUAUGUACAGGGCAUCAACGACCUUGUUACGCCGUUCCUGACGGUUUUCUUGUCAGAGAUCUGCCAAGGGGACAUGGACACGUGGGAUGUAAAUAGGCUGCCGAUUGAGACUCUGUAUAUUGUGGAGGCAGACUGCUAUUGGUGUCUGUCUAAGCUGUUGGAAGGCAUACAAGACCAUUACACCUUUGCGCAACCAGGGAUUCAGUCCCUAGUCUUCAGGCUAAGAGAGCUUGUUCGGCGCAUUGAAGAGCCUGUAGCGAAGCAGCUUGACGAACAAGGGCUGGAGUACCUGCAAUUUGCCUUCAGAUGGGUGAAUUGUCUCCUCAUCAGAGAGUGGAAGGACCAGCUUCAGCACUUGGAUUUCCAAGACAUGGUGUUGUUCUUUCAGCAUCUUCCGACGACCAAGUGGACUCAUCAAGAACUCGAGAUGGUUCUAUCGCACGCUUUCAUCUGGAGAGUAAUGUUCGACCGGUCCCCCAAUCACUUGAACAACAGUUAAGGUUUGAUUACGAAAAUUCACUGGGAAAUGGCUAGGAAGGGUGUCAUGGGAUCAAGUCAACGACUGGGGCAAGGUGUGUUUCUCCUCCGUUCUUCCCGUUAUCGGUGAUUUUCCUGUCCUGUCUGUCCGAGGGCAGGAUGUGAGCAACUAGGAUGGCAUGCUUGCGCCUGUUUAAUGUAAGGGGUUGGCAUUCCUGCUCAUCUGAGCCCUGCAGUAUGUGUAUCAUUCGAUUAUCGCCAUUAUCGCCGUGUUGAGCGGGAUGUGCCUCGGCAGGUAACCUCUUCGUGAGCGGAUGGUGUGCAUGCUGUUGCUGGUGGAAAGCGGUUGUCAGUACUUGCUACCCCUUGCGUAAAGACUCUACGGUCGAAGAGGAAAUGAGGUUUAGGAUCGCAUGUGUGCCCCAGUCUCGAGUAAAGGGCUGUAUUCUUGCUCAUCUUAGCUCUGCAGUAUGUGUAUCAUUCGAUUGACGUCGUUGAGCUAGAUGCCUUGGUGAUUAUAUUUGUCAAUCGUCAUAACGCUUCUGUGGACUGAUGGUGUGCAUGCUGUUGCUGGAAAACAGUUAUUACCCCUUGUGUAAAGACUCUACAGCCGAAGAGGAAAUGGGGUUGGGGGGGGGGGGGGGGGGGGCAUGUGUACCCCUGUUUUGUGUUAGGGGUUGAUAUUCCUGGCCUUCUUAGCCCUACGGUGUGUGCAUCAUGCAGUUGACGUUGUUGAACUGGAUGCCUUGGUGAUUAUUUUGUGGAUGCUCACAAGUCCUCUGCGGGUUGAUGGUGUGCAUGCUGUUGCUGCAAAGCAGUCGGUGCCCCUUGUGUUAAGACUCUGCCAUCAAAGAGAUCGAAGAGGAAAUGGCGUCUGCGUCUUCAUGAUUCAUGAAUCACCCUGUCAGCGUGCGUUGUUGCAUUGUUUGCGUCAGAUCUCGUUGGCGGCGCAGCAGGCAAAUGCCACUCAGUGUCUCUCAGGAAUCUCCAGUAUGGGGUUGACGACCGAUGAGCAUAGAGCAUACCUCAUGUCCCCACCCGUCCCCACCGCCCUUCCCAAUGAAUAAUGCGCUUAGUUUCCCCUUCUACUAUGUUAUGUCUAUCUUCUUGCCAGUAGUGAUGUACAAGUUCUAAAGGGAGAAAGAGUGAUAACCUGAAUUGUGAGUGAGGUGCAGAAUGCUUUGACAAAGAGGAAGCAACUUGCUCGCGAGAAGUGUGGGUGGAUGGGAUGGGUGUUUCUGGCGGCAUCUUUAUGUUUCUUCUCAUUCCAUGUUUUAGGAAAGCUGGCACCGAUGUGCACAGGCUCAACCAGUGUACGAAGAACCGACGCUCUUAGCACGAUUAGCAGUUCAUAACAGAUUGUUGGCUUGUGUUUGCUAAAAGAUAGAGUCAGUCGUGUUCAUGCCUCUUCAUGGUCAUAUUUUGCUUCUAAAGAGAAUGA